GAAAACUCAAUUUCUUCUGCUGUUAGGUAUCAUAAACACGUGCUUUUCAAACCUCGAGUAAAACUGUAAAACUGAUUUUCAAUUGAUCAAAUUUCAUUGGAUAAAGCUGUGAAAUAUUAUUGACUAUCAUGGCUAUUGUGGAAGAAAAUUUUCCUCGUGGUUCAAAAACUAAAGAUGACAAAAGAGAACGUCACGCAAAUGAGAAAAAGAGGAAAGUUGAAAGCUUGUUUAAGAAUUCUGCUACAAAGAAAGUCAAUAAGAGACGCUUGAACCAGAAAAAGAAGCAUUCAAAAUUGAAGAAGGAAAAGCAGGAAUUGCAAUCAUUAACCACCAAAGAGAAAAAAGUUAUCGAGAAGGAAAAAAUAAUGCUUGAAUCCAUCGAACCCUUUACAUUCAAAAUGCUUGCUGAAGGCAUGCAGGUUUUGAGUAGAGUACAAGAAGUCAGAGAAUUGGAUGUGCUUCUGAGUCUUCCUGGAAGGAUUCAAGCUGUUGUCCCUAUUACAAAUAUUUCAGCACCAUACAGUAAAUUGAUUGACAUGCUGGCCCAAGAUGAAGAAGUUGAGGCUAAAGGAUUAAAAGAAAUCCUGACUGAGGGAGAUUUAUUUCCAUGCAGCAUUAAAGAAGUGACUAAUGAUGGCUCUUUUAAAGUCACAGCAUCUUUAAAUCCAGUUGAUGUCAACAGUGACAUUCCAUCAACAGCCCUCUGCAAAGGAAUGAAAAUGACUGCAGCUGUGCAAAGUGUGGAAGAUCACGGAUACGUUAUGGACGUUGGCAUUCUAAAUGUACGCAGUUUUUUAACAAAAGUACCAGAUCAAGACUUGGCUGUAGGUCAAAUUGUAUCUGUCUGUGUGACUGGCUGUCAAAUUGAUGGCCAUGUAGCAACAUUGACUCUUUCAACAGUUGAAUCUGUCAAAUUCAAGCAAAAUGUGGAACUUAAUCUAUCCACUCUUAUCCCAGCGACGAAACUUCAUGUGACUGUGAACAAGGUUCUUCCCCAAGGUUUGACCGUUACUUUUGGUAACAUGGUGGGUUACAUCCAUAAAGAUCACCUCGUUAAUAUUAAUGACAGCGUAUCAGCAUAUGAGAAGAGUGCCAACUAUACAGCUAUCGUGUUGUAUACGUUGCCCCUGGUUAAUGCAGUCUAUCUCAGCUUGAAAUCGUCGCUUGUUAAGCCCGACUUGAGUGUGAAUGAAAAGGCUACCAUUGCCCUUGGUGAAUUCUUUGAAGCCACUAUAACCGAGUCCACUUCUGCUGGACUUUUCGUGCAAUUGAACAAAAAGGCUAAAGGAUUUGUUCCACUUCGACAUCUCAGUGACAACCAAGAUAUUUUCGAAGAUACUAGAGCUCUGUUUCCGGUUAAAUCACGUAAGAGAUGUCGCGUACUCUAUCAUGCAUCUCUUGACGACAUAUACAUCUGCACAAUGAAAAAAUCUCUCAUUACUCAGAAGGCGUUGCGAUAUGAAGACUUCACUGUCGGAGAGAUACUGGAAGGCAAAAUAGAUUCGGUUUCACCCGCUGGUGUUUCAGUUCACUUGGGCGUCAAUUUGAAAGGUUUCAUUCCAAAACUGCACUGGGCGGACGACCCUAGACUGAAAAAACCAGAAUUAAGAUUUCGUGUUGGUGAGCCUAUUACUUGCCGUGUUCUCAAGGUGAUGAUCGACAGAAAAACAAUUCAUUUGACCUGCAAGAAAUCAAUGCUCGACGAAAAAGUUGUUGCCUACAGUUGUACGAGCCAGUUGGAGACAAAUCUUGCUUUGAAGGGAACUGUUGCUCUCAUAGAGAAAGGUGGAGUUCUAGUUUCAUUUUUCGACGGACUCACUGGAUAUAUUCCAGGAAACAGACUGUUGAAGAAUGGGAUUACCGAUAUUCAUCAUUAUUUCUACAUGGGGAAAGUUAUUGAUUGCAAAGUUGAGAGCAUUAACGAAUCUGGCAAAGUUAUCUUGACACUGGCCGGGUCAGGCUUGACUAAACCAAAAAGUCUUCCAGAGAAACCAAUUCUAAAUUUGGGAACUAUUGUGGAAUGCAAAGUUGAACGAGUUUAUGAUGCGGUUGAAGGCAACAGCAGAGGACUCGAGGUUUCAAUUCCAUCGUUAGAGACUACCGGAAUCAUCCCAGUGGAACAUUUGUCGGAUUUCCCUAAAGCUGCAUCCCAUCUGCUUGACUGUUACCGUCCAGGUCAGGUCAUCAAAGAGGCCGUCGUCUAUAUGUCCUCUAAACUGCAAACGGUGUUGACUCUCAAACCCAACAUUAUCAAUUUCAUCAAGGGAAAUGGUUACCCCAAAUCUGUGGAUGAGGUCGCUAUGGGUUCGACCUUGCCUUGCGUAGCUACACUCCACAGACCUUUCGGAGUCUUUGCACAACUGCUGUGCCCUCCCAACAAGUUCGAUGUUCUCUUCCCACCCGGCAAGAUGUCCCCGAAUCUUUAUUCUUACAUGGAAAACGGCACCAUGCAUAUGACCUUGGAAGGCGAAGUUAUUAAGAUCGAAAAAGAGGAGAAGAAGAUUUUUCUGAGUGCACUAAAUGCCUACGCACCGGAAAACGCAGCCCGUGUACUGGAAGCUUAUCUAAAGAUUGAAGAAAAGAUUAAGGUCCACUUAAGGGAGAGCUCAGACGAAGGAUUGAAAAAUCUAGCCAGCUUGAAACUUGGUGACGUGGUUGUUGGUAAAUUGCUAACAGAAUUUGACUCAUCCGCCGAUUUGGAGUUUGAAUUGCCACACGGAAUAAAUGGAAUUGUUCCGGCUUAUCAUCAUGCCAAAAAGGACUUCAAGAAAAAUGACUUGAUCGUUGGUUCUGUUAUGUAUGUCGACCCGAUUAUGAAGAAGGUUUACGUCACAACAAGAGAAGACGUCAUUCAUUGCAUCACAGGCACCGCCAAGUUUGAUCCCAGAGGCAAGAAACAAAGAGGAAAAAUUAUUUUGAAUAUGGACUACUUUAGUUUGGUGUCAAUCACUGAUGGAAACGCCAAAGACGUAGCUUUCACUUCCAAUAUUAGGAGCAUCAAUGAAACUUCUGUCCCAUUACCGCCUCCAUUCGAAGUUGGAGCUGUAGUUCAUGUGGCUAUUAACUUCGACACGGAACUUGGGAGAAUUGCUACGUACCACACGACUCCUAAAAGAUGGAUUAUUCUUGAUCUCUCUCACAUCAAGCGCACUUCUUCUUCUUCAGAUGGCAGCCCAAACAAGAAAAAACUUAAAAAAGAUGCUGUUUCUAUUGAAGGCAAAACAACAAAAGACAAAAAUAAGAAAACACAGCAAGAGCAGUUAUCCGACUUAAAUGAUACAAUCGAUUCUGAAAAAUCAGCCGUAUUGGAAGUCAAUAAUAAGAAAACGAAGACAAAAGCCAAGAAGAAUGAAAAUAAGAAAAAACAGGAAGCCCAAGAACGUGACGUUUCCCACAAGAAAAAAUCUGUAUCAAAUGGAAAGAGAAGUACGCCGGAAGACAAAGAAACUGCGCAUCCUGAAGGUGAAAAGGCUCUUUCUCCAUCCAAGAAGAGACGAGUUGAACCACCUACCCCUAGGAAGUCGAAGAAAAUCAAUCAUUUAGAAUUGCCGCGGCUAUCGAUCACGUCAACAUUCAAAUGGGACGAUGACAUUACGACUCUACCACUGUCGACUUCUCACAUCGCCGAUAGUUCCGAUUCAGAAGAUGAUGACGCGGAAAAAGAAAAGGCGGUGGUUAAAGAUCGCCGUGAAAGGGCACGUGAAAAAUUGGAGGAAGCCAAGGUGAACGAAGCUAAAUUGUCGCAAAUUGAAGAAGAGCUGAACAAUCCGGAACGAGCGCCCGUGACCACAGACGACUUUGACCGUAUGGUGCUCGCCUCGCCCAACAGCUCUAUUUUGUGGGUCCAGUACAUGGCGUUCCAUCUGGAGAACGCCGAGAUUGAAAAGGCGCGGACAGUGGCCCAGAGGGCACUCAAGAUCAUGAGCUUCCGAGAGGAACAGGAAAAAUUCAACGUCUGGAUUGCUUGGCUCAAUUUGGAGCACAUGUACGGCACAACCGAAGGCUACGAGUCCACUUUGCAGGAAGCGAUCCGCUAUAACGAGCCUUUCAAAGUGUAUCGCCAGAUGGCUUUGAACUUCGAACAAAGCGGCAAGUUUGACGAUGCCGAGUCGCUCUACACCACAAUGCUGAAGAAAUACAAGCAGAACAAGUCUGUGUGGAUAAAUGCCUGCCUUUUCUACGUACGAAAUUCAAAAUUGGACACGGCGCGCGGUGUUUUCCAGAGGGCAUUGUCGAUCCUCGACAAAAAAGAACACAUUGACUUGAUCAGUCGGUUCGCUCAACUGGAGAUGAAGUUUGGACAAGUAGGCCGUGGCAAAACGCUGUUUGACACCUUGAUGAUGUCCUAUCCCAAGAGGACGGAUCUCUGGCUGGUGUACAUCGACACGCUUACCAAAGUCGACGAUAUAGAAAGUGCACGGCAAGUCCUGGAACGCUGCAUCACUCUGCAGCUGCCAGCCAAAAAGAUGAAGACGAUCUUUCAAAAGUUUCUAGAGUUUGAAACGCAUCACGGCGAUGAAGAGAAGCAGGACUACGUUCGAAAGAAGGCGCUCGACUACGUCGAGUCGAAAACCGAAGCUGUCGACGAAUAAACCCAACAACAAGAUUUGGAGAUUGUACGUAUGUGUGUCGGAUCAGGGGAAAUACCCACACACAUCUUUCUUCGUUGGUCGCCGCCGUCGUCUCAUUUGCUGACAUGUGGGUUUUUUUUUAAAUAUUUCCUCCUACAUUCUAUUACCAUAAAUCGGUCGAUGUUCUUUUUGGUGUUAACAUGACUUGAAGCGAUUCGCCAAUAAAACAUUGAGCGUCCCGUCGCUGGCCGAAACUCUGAAUGACA